AUCGCACUUCUUUGCACUCGGCUGGUCUAUGCCGUCGAAUUUUCUAGCAUUUGGCCGCCAUUUUCGCGCCACUUCUCGGUCCUCUCCGCCUCGCCGCGGUGCGUGCGGCGCGCACGGCGCGUCCCGCCCUCGCGUCCCCCCUUCGCCCGCGCGCAGCUUCUCGCCUUCUCCCUGCCUGGGGGGGGCUCGCGCGCCCGCUAGGCCUCUGUUUAACUUUUCGCUGAACUUGCUCGACAAAAAUGCGAAAAAAACGACCGUCUUCACACCCAAGGACCCUCGCAAAUGCCGCCACGCGACCAUGCCGAGAGACCACCCGGAUUCACUGUACUUCCCCCCGUCCUACCUCCGGGAGGUCCUGUCCGCGCCGAUCUGCGCGCCUCCUGCCGCGACGCCCGCUUCCGGAGUCACGCGCAUCUCGAGACUCGACAACGGGCUGACCGUCGCUAGUCAAGAAACUCGCUCCCAAAUGUCGGCCAUUGGCCUGUACGUCAAAGCCGGCACCCGCUACGAGGACUCGACGACCUACGGAACCUGCGUCCUGUUGGAGCGCCUGUCCUUCCGUUCCACACUCGAGCACACCGCCGCGGAAGUGGUCGGCGCGCUGGAAAACAUGGGCGUUCACGUCACCACUUCGAGCUCGAGGGAGUGCAUGGUUUACAGCGCCGAAGUCCUCCGAGAACUGUUGGACCCCAUGCUUUCCAUGCUCGCCAACACCAUCCUCCGACCAAAAAUAACCGAAGAAGACCUGUCCUUGCAAGUAAAGCGCCUCCAAGAAGACAUGCAAAACAACCGACGGCACCCGGCCGCCUAUCUUCCAGAGGUCCUCCAUGAGGUGGCGUACGCGGGUUCCCCGCUCGCUCGCAGCCUCAUCGUCCCGGACGAACAGCUGGCUUCCAUCACGCCCCAAGUGAUACGAAAAUACCUGAAAAACUACUUCAUCGGCCCCAGAAUGGUCCUAGCCGGCGCCAGCGUCGACCACGAACAGUUCGUCGAACUCGCCUCGAAACAUUUCUCCCCGAUCCCGAAAAAUCCAGAGUCUCCGCCGGAUCUGUCCGAAACGCCCUCCUCCUACGUUGGGGGAAUGCGCCUCGUCCCUCCCGCCGACGACUCGGAAAAACUCGAACACGCGCACGUUUCCGUCGCCUUCGAGUGUUGCGGACUCAACGACCCGCAAUUCUUCGUCACCUACACGCUCAGCAUGCUCAUGGGCGGGGGCAUGUCCUUCAGCGCCGGCGGACCCGGAAAAGGCAUGUACACGCGCCUGAACACGAACGUAAUCAACCGCUACGGGUGGGUGGAAUCUUGCGAGGCGUUCAUCUCGUCCUACAUCGACACCGGCAUCUUCGGCAUCACCGGGUCCUGCUCUGUUCGCCACACGAGCGCCUUCCUGGACAUCCUGUGCGACCAACUCACCCGUAUCUCCACACACCUCACCGAAGAAGAAGUCAGCCGGGCGAAAAACCAGACCAAAACCAGCAUCUUCUACAACCUGGAAACCCUCAACGUACUUCACGACGACAUAGGCAGACACGUCAUGAUCUUCGGUAAGCGAAUCACCCCCGGCGAACUCUCUAAAAUGAUCGACACCAUCACCCCCUCGGACAUCCGCACCUGCGUACAACGCAUUCUCUCGACGCCCCCGACCGUCGUCGUGUACGCGCCGACCAGCGUCUUGGACAAGGUCCAAGACUACGACAGCAUCAAGCGCUACUUCGAAGAACACACCGCUUAGAAUUUGGCAGCCGCUGCGCGGCCUCGCAAAAAAAAAAAAAA